AAUAACUGAAAGUCACUAGCUACUUAUCUUUUGUGUUCUUUAUUCUUCGGAAAAAGAUGGAGCGCCAAAUCCACCACCACCGCCCACUCCCGCUGCUUCUCCGUCCUUGAUGCUUCCUCAUCCUUGUCCAAACCUUUCCCAUCUCUUUCGUUGUGGAGACUGAAAGCCCUUAUCUCUUCUCCCAUCUAUCAUUCGUUUUGUGAACUCCCAACCCCUUCGACGACUUCCACAGUUCCACUUAUCGAUUCACCAAUCCCUAACCUAAUCUGUCAACCAAACCUCAAACCUCGCAAGCUCAGGAGGUACCAUGUCCUUCUCCGUCUUACUUAUUUCCUCUGUUGUUUCGUCGAUUUCAUGUAAUUUGGGAUAUGAGGUGUUUCCAGGGUUUGAAAUCUAACACAUUAGGGAUUUUUCAGAUUUGACCGAAUUCAACCUUCCUUUAUUCAAAAUGUACUUGCUUUGGAUUAUUUAUGGGGAUUUCUCACACCUUUGGGAGCUCAAUUUGUGCUUCUUUGCCUGAUUGGUUGUUGAAUACGAAAAUUGGGGCUGGUCGAAACUAACUGAAAUGGUCUGUCUCUUUAUUUCUUUGGGGCGAUUGAGGUCGACGACCCCCAAAGAGAUCCAAUGAAACCUGCUUCGUACAUCUCUUUCUGGGCGACAGGAUGAUUGGAACAAAACGACGCCAAUGGCUUUCCCAAAAGCGAUGAAGCGACAGUUGGAGAUGCUGCAAAUGGAGAAUCUGUCGCUUGUGUAUGGUGGAAAUUUGAACGGGAUCUUGUAUAUUUUUCUUUUGAGCAUAAGGAGAGUAAGAACGAGUUCAAGUGGAGGUGAAUGAAGGA